AUGGGUUCGGCUUCAAAAGAAGAAGCCAAAAAGUACGCCGAAGCUGGAAAUAUUGCCGAAGAAGCUAUAACUUCCAUCCGAACCGUCGUUGCUUUCAAUGGACAACCCUACGAAUUGGAUCGGUAGAAAAUUCGAAUCAGCUAGAAAAUUGCUUCUUUUUUGAGAUAUUCCCAAGCCUUAGCGAUCUGCAGUCGGAUCGGUGUCAAGAAGGGAGUCCUACUCGGCGUCGGCAUCGGAAUGACUUUCCUCAUCGGCUUCUCCUCCUAUUGCUUCACUUUUUGGCUCGGGACAAACUUCAUUUACGACGGAAAGAUGGACGGCAACACUGUGAUGACUGUAAGGAGGAAGAAAAUGCAAAAAUAAUUGUAGAAUCGCCUCCCCCCACACUGUUUUUCUGGUAGAAUCAAACGCAGGAAACGAAUCUGUAUUCUAGAAUGGCCCCCGCAGUACAAGACGGGGGCCGAUACUGAAACGCCUAGACAAUCGUUCAUAUUCGGGGGGUGAGGGGUUAUACUGUAAUAUACCCAAAAAAAAAGGUCCAGAAUUGAAGAAAAGUCCCGAAUUCGAGAAAAAAAAAAGACGGGGUUUUUCGAACGGAACGUGUUGAAAUUCGAAAGAUAGACUGAAAAAAUUCAAGGAUUCAGCUUAAAAUUAUAGAAACAGUUUUUUUUAUAUACUGGGGAGUUUCAUAUAUUUUUUUUCUUAUCUGAUUUUCUUCCCAAAAAUCGACUUCUUUCUCAAAAUCAGCCUUGAUUUUAUAUGCUUUGAGACAGUUUUCUCGGUUCUAGGGGUUUCAAAGUUUCAUGUUUCAUUGGUCUCAUGCAGAAAGGUUUACGCAGCGUGAAUGAACGUUUUUUUAAGAAAAAAAUUUCUCUUUCUACUGAGCCCUUCUAGCCUAAUAGGUCCUCAUAUCCGCUAAAAAAAAUUAGAAUUGACCUUAUUAAAAUCGUUUACGGUAGCUUAUUUACGCUGUGUAAAUGUUCGAUGCAGAUAUAUUUUGAAAAUUUUGAAAGGUGACAAAAUUUAGAAGAAUUUUAGCUGCAAAUUAGUAUUCAUGAACUUGAAAAAAAAUUAGUUUUAGGUAUUUUUCUCGGUAAUGCUCGGCGCCAUGGCCCUGGGACAAGCUGGACCUCAAAUCGCAGCCGUUGCCACGGCUCAAGGUGCCGCCGGAGUUCUUUAUGAACUUAUCGAUCGAGUUUUGGGUUUAUUAAGUCAUCCUGAGUAACUUGUUUCCUAUCAGGAGCCAGAAAUCGAUGCCUAUUCCCCAGAAGGGGUCUCUCCGGCACGACUCCGUGGUGAAGUCACAGUUCAGAAUGUCUGCUUUUCCUACCCCAGGAGGCCGGAUAUCACUGUUCUUAACGUUUUGAAGUGAAAAAAGAUGAAGAACAACUUGGUUUUUAGAACGUCUCAUUCACUACACAGCCUGGCAAAACGGUCGCUUUAGUUGGAGCGAGUGGCUGCGGAAAAAGUACGAUCAUCCAGCUCCUUCUCCGAUAUUAUGAUGUCACCGGCGGAAAGGUAGUGUUUGAAAUGAAGAGAGGGUAGAGAAAGAGAGAUUCCUUUUUCUCUGACGUCUCUUUGGGCGGGCUUUGAUAUCUAUAAAGGGUUGGAAAAGCGAGCUUAGAAUACGCAGAGUCUGAAGAGACGCUAGAGAUAGAAAGAUGCUCUCAUAUCUCUGGCGUCUCUCCAAGAGGCUUUGCUAUCUCGCUUCAGUCAAUUUGAAGUUCUGAAAAAGCGAGCUUAAAAUGAACAGAACCUGAAAAGUAGCACUGUCUUGAAGAGACGCCAGAGAUAAAAAGAUAAUCUCGUUUCUCUGACGUCUCUUCACGCGGGGUUGAUCUCUGGUCGAUUUGAAAUCCUGAAAAAGCGAUAGGAAAAUGAAGAGUAGCGUUUUGCUGUAGAGACGCCAGAGUCAUAAAGAUACUCUGAUAUCUCUGGCUGCUUUCCAGGAUGCCUAUGCUAUCUCGCUUUUAGUCAGUAUGUGUGUCUGAAAAGCGAGCAGAGUCUAAAGAGUAACGCUGGCCUGAAGAGACAACAGAGAUAGAAAGAUGCUUUCAUAUCUUUGGAUCCUCUCCAGGGUGCCUGUGCUAUCUCGCUCUCAGUCAGUUUGAACUCUGAAAAGCGAGCAGAGUCUGAAGAGUACUGCUGGCCUGAAGAGACGCUAGAGAAAAAGAGUUACUCUCAUAUCUCUGGCGUCUCUCCAGAAUGCCUCUUCUAUCACGAAUUCUGAAAAUUAAGAUGAGCAGAAUGUGGUUUUUUAACACUUUAACCUUCCCGAGGGCUGAAAAACGUGUCUCUACAGAUUCUGAUAGACGGCCUUCCACUCACCGACUACAACAUUGAAUACCUGCGCAGUGUGAUUGGCGUCGUCUCACAAGAACCGGUCCUUUUCAACACGACCAUCGAGCAGAACAUUCGUUUCGGAAGGGCCGACGUCUCGGAGGAAGAAAUCUGGGCGGCUCUCAAGAAAGCCAACGCUUACCGCUUCGUGCAGCAGUUGCCGCAGGUUGGGAGUGUGCGGAGCCUGAAGAGACGCCAGAAAUAGAGAGAAAUUCAGUGUGUCUGGCGUCUCUUCAGGUCGUCGCUGAUCUCUAGUUCGUCUAGGGAUUCUUCUUCACUCUAUUCUUUCCUCUCAGAGUAUGACUUUCUAGGAUCCUCUUUAGGAGCUUUUUAGGAUCUUUCUGCGCUUUCUUCUUCAGUCUUUUACUUUCUAGGGUCUUCUUUAGGGGCUUUUUAGGAUCUUUCUGCGCUUUCGCCUUCAGUCCUCGACUUUCCAGGGCCUGAAAACGCUAGUCGGCGACCGUGGAACCCAAAUGUCCGGAGGUCAGAAACAGCGAAUCGCCAUCGCGAGAGCCCUGGUCCGAGACCCGAAAAUCCUCCUCCUGGACGAGGCGACUUCGGCCCUCGACGCCGAGAGCGAAAGCGUCGUUCAACAUGCUCUCGAGAAUGUUCGGAAACAAGAAAAGAGAAGAAGUCUGAGCCUUUUUCCAGGCCUCCAAAGGUCGCACCACCAUCGUCAUUGCUCAUCGCCUCUCUACUGUCAGGAAUGCCGACACGAUUAUCGCCGUCAAGGAGGGAAAGGUUAGUUUAUGUUCAGUUGAGCAGGAUUAGAAUUAUCCAUGAGAUGUUGUGUAAACGAAGAUAAAAAUUUUUUUCCUGUACAUUGGUUGCGAAAAUGAGUCGUAUACAGGUUUUUCAGGGUUCAUUAUGGAAAUGCUAUCAAAUAUUUUUGCGUUCAUUAAUUUUUUUUUUAGAUCCAGUUAUAUACAACCGAUGCAUAGAAUGAACGGGUCCUGUAACGAUUUCUACAGUAAUCUCGUUUUUGAGCCUCCUUUUAGUCGUCCAUAUUUUACUUUAUCAAGUCAUGUAUAAUUUCCUACAAGCUGAAGUCUGACUGAAUAUCUACGCUCUCUUAUUUUCUCACAGACGUCUGAGGAAAUAGCACGUGAAAAUGAGAGAUCUCUUCUCCAAGACCUUUUUUAAAGCUUUUCAUGGUCUUUCAAAAACAUAAUUUUGUAGGUCGUUGAACAAGGAACCCACGACGAGCUGAUCAAAUCUGGCGGCCUUUAUUCGGAACUCGUCAAAUCCCAAAUCUUCGUCGAUGUCGAUGAACAACACUCGAAAAGAACUGGAUCUAUCGUUUCUCAAGCCUCUAGGGCCAAUAGUGUCAGUGUCCCUACGGGCAAGGAAGAUGAAGCUCCACUGAAACCCGAGCAAGAGUUGGAGAGGAUGAAGAAAGGUGGAAGUCUCAGGAAAAUGAAAUAUAAAAUUUAUUUUUGAAGACUUGGAAAUGGAAGGCGCCAAGCCGGCGGGACUCUUCGAAAUCCUCGCCAGAGCCCGUCCCGAGUGGAAAUAUAUAGCCAUCGCCAUUAUCUUCUCCUGUAUCCAAGGAUGUGUAUACCCGGCCUUCUCCUUCUUCUUCUCGCAGAUGAUUGAAGUAGGUGGAGAAAAAAGGCUUUUUUGUGGUUUUCUAAGCACUACUGGACUGUGGCGGAUCAGCGAUGAUUUGAAAAAGCUCAGGUUUCGUUUAAUUGAGGUCUUGAAAAGAAAAAAAAGAUUCCAGUUGAAGUUUUGGAUCAAGCUAAGGUGGCAUCAAGGUUUAAAAAAAGCGAAUCGCUUCGAAUUUUUGGUUUUUAAUAUCGAGGAUCAACUUCCCUGUGCGCCGAUUGAAUACUGAAUAGAACCUAUAUUUAAAAAAAGAUUUUUGAUUCAAAAAAAAUAAAAAUUAGGGUAAUUAUUUGCUUUGAAAUGGAUGUUAGGCAAAAAGCAAUGCUGAUUUUUUAAAAGAAAAAAAUCCUAACAAUUGAAAAAUUGCCUUUAGAAUAGAAAAAUCUGCUCAAAACUCAUUUUUUAAUGUUCUCCACGAUAAAGGAGUGAAACGAGAACUGUGAGGCGGAAACGGAAAUUAAUAAAUCAGCCUAAAUUCCAACCAAGGGAGAAGUAAAAUAAGAAUAAGAUUAUGAAAAUUCAACUUUUGAUUGAUAUUCUAAUUUCUUCUACAAGUACAUCACAGCAACGAGAAAAUUUUUUAAGUCAGAAAAAGUUCAAAAAAGCUCUAUUAAAAUGUUCCGUUUAGGGCGAAAAAGGCUCCUUUUUUGCUACCUUUUUGUGCCAUUUCAUCGGCUCUCGUGUACCAUUUUUGCUGCCUCUCCCUUUUUCCACCAUUUCUUGAGCCUUCACAGCUCUAGAAAAAAUUAAAUUUUCGAUAAAGCGAUAAAGCGACUCGUUUUGCUGCCUUUCUGAGACCUUUUUCGAACCUCUCCCUUUUAUCGGCCAUUAUCCACCAUCUAGUCUUUUCCCGAGAAAUCAGCAAUUUCAAGGCCUUCGCCAAGCCGCCGGACCAAAUGAAGAAAGAAGGCCAUUUUUGGGCUUUGAUGUUCAUUGGAUUGGGUCUCGUCGAACUGGUCACAUUUAUCGUUACGGUAACUUGUUAAAAAAGUCUCACUUUCAAAAAAUAUAAUUUUCAGUGUUUCUUAUACGGUCUUGUUUCUGAAAGACUGACAAGGCGACUUCGGUGUCAGGUAGGAUUUUUUUUUAGAAUUUUAUGGACCUCAAGAAAAUUUUUAGGUGUUCCAAAACGUACUGUCGAUGGACGGAGCCUUCUUCGAUUCGCCACAAAAUUCUUCGGGCAAAAUUUCCAUUCGUCUUGCCACGGAUGCACCCAAUGUCAAGUGAGUUUUAGAGUGUAGGCUUGAAAAAAGGGGAGUUUGGUGGAUUUGAUUUUUGAUGAUUUGUAGUGCCAAGAAUGGCUCAAAACGAUGAUUUUGUGAAGAAAAAACCUUAUUAUAAUGUUGCGACCGACUUUCAGAGGCUUUUCUUUCCACCACAAUUAAAUAUGCCGCCGCGCGCAAGCAGUUUUCAGUCGGGCGCGAUAAAACAUCGAUUAUCUCAAGAAUAUCCUUGCGAGCCCUAUUAAGACCUUUCUACUGCCGCUAGCUUUGGAAAAUCUGUUUUUUCUGGCCGACUCUUUCAUUUUCUCGUGCUCUUUCCAUGUUUCUAUCCAAUGAAAUAUGACGCCACGCACAAUUUUUCCAACAGUUUUCCGUCGGGCGCAAUAAAAACAGUGAACUCUGAAGUUUGGUUUCGUGAGCCUUUAGAACCUAUUAAAUAUCGUUAGUUUGGAAAAUUUCUGAUUUCAUCGCUUUCCUUUUGUCUCUUGCCUACUCCCUCCUUUUAACUUGCUUUUUCCAUGUUUCUAUCGAAGGAAAUAUGCCGCCACGCGCAAACAUUUUUCGGUCGGUCGCGAUAAAAACACUGAAUUCUGAAGUAUCGCUUCGCGAGCUCUUCCAAGACCUCUCUAAUGCCGCUAGCUUUGAAAGUUCUGGUUUCUCUGCGCUCUCCUUCCUCCUUUUGCCGACUCUCUCAUUUCAACGUGAUCUUUCCAAGUUUCUAUCCCCUCUUCCCUUAAAGAAAAGAGAGCGCAGAAAUGUCAGAGAGUUAUGAAUACUUUCUUCAAAACUAUUAUUUUCUCACUUAAGAGCCGCCAUCGACAAUCGGUUCGGUUCUGUAUUUGCCUCCACUUUUUCCUUGAUCGUCGGCAUCGGAAUCGGAAUCUACUUUGGCUGGGAAAUGGCGCUUAUGGUGAUUUUUUCUUCCCAUUUCACAAGCAACAAGGUAUUUUUCUUCAGUGCAUGUCCAUCUUUCCACUUGGCGUGAUUGGCCAGACGCUCCAGAUGCGCUACAUGUCCGGAAACUCUUCCUUGGACCCCAAGGAGAUGGAAAACGGCGGCAAAAUCGCGAUCGAAGCCAUCGAACACGUGCGCACCGUCCAGGCGUUGACCUUGCAGCCGACCAUGUACCAGUCGUUCUGCGAAAGCCUCAACUUGGCUCAGAAGGCUGCCAAUCGUCGUCAUGUCUACGCUGUUCGUUGUUUUGCUCUUUAUGUGGUUUCAAGUUUAAAAAAAAAUAAGAGUGUAUAAAAAAAAAAGCGAAAAAGGUCCUUUAAAAAAUAAGCCUGUUCUGUAAAAUGCAGUUUUAAAAUGUGUAUGGUCGUUUCUUGAGGACUUAAGAGAGCUGCAGGAGUUUCAGGAUAAGGGAUAAAAAGAUGGAAGAAUAUUUUAUAACAAGUAUUGAUUGAAAUUUCGAUUUUCAGUCUCCACACGGUUUGCUAAAUAUUGAAAUGUACUGUCAAGUUUUUUAAAAGCCAAAAGUCGUCCUCAAUUUUUAAAAAGAAUUUUGAAGCAGCUACGCGAAAGUAGUUUAAAGUCGGGUGCAGUGAAUGAUCGAAAAAGUUUGAGCCGUACCAUUAUUCUGCUUCGUUUUUAUAUAGUUCCAAUACCAAUUUGUUUCGAAAUGAGGCCAAAAUAAACUUAUAAGGUUCGAUUUCUUGGCAUUUUGUCAGAUUGGGUGCUUCCAGGCACCUAGCUUAUAGUUUGGAAAAUCAUCAGUUUUCGAAUUUUUAGGGCCUUGGCUAUGGAUUUUCUGCCUCAAUUUUCUUCUUCCUUUUUGCCGCCUCGUUCCGUUUCGGUCUAUGGCUGGUCCAGACCUGCCACAUGCUCCCAUUCGACAUGCUCAAGUUCGAUAUCAACAACAAACCCCAAAAAAUACUAUUUUUCAAGAGUUCUAUUCGCCAUUUCCUUCACAGCUGGUUCUAUGGGUUACACGAGUUCCUACUUCACGGAGUACACAAAAGCCACUGUCGCCGCUGGCUUGAUCUUCAAUAUGCUGAAGAAAAAGCCAAGGAUCGACAACAUGUCGAAAAACGGAAAAAGACCGGCCAUAACCGGACGUGUUCACUUUGACAACGUCUUCUUCAAAUAUCCGGAAAGGCCGAGUGUCUUGGUCCUCGGUGGCUUGAAUAUCGAAGUGAAAACCUCAAAUUUAAACCUGUAUUCAAUUAUUUCUUCAGGUGAGACCUGGCGAAACUCUAGCCUUGGUAGGUUCUAGUGGAUGCGGAAAAUCUACAGUCAUUUCUCUUUUGGAAAGGCUUUAUGACCCUCUGGACGGUCAUGUGGUAAGAAAAGCUCUGAAAAUGAUUCUAACAGAGGAUGAACCUAGAAUCUCGACGGAGAGGAUAUCAGGGAGAUGAAUCCGACGCAUCUGAGGUCGCACAUCGCCUUGGUUUCUCAAGAGCCGACGCUUUUCGACACCAGCAUCCGUAGCAACAUUGUGUACGGACUCGAACCGGGUUCAUACACCGAGGCCCAGAUUUUGGACGCCGCCAUGAAGGCCAACAUCCACAAGUUCGUGUCCGAACUCCCCGAGGUAUUUUAGGGAGGGAAUGCCAUGGAGAGUUUCCACUUUAGGGGUACGAUACUCGCGUCGGAGAGAAGGGAACUCAGCUGUCCGGAGGUCAGAAGCAGAGAAUCGCCAUCGCCAGAGCCCUAAUCCGAAAUCCGCGGAUUCUACUUCUGGAUGAGGCGACGUCGGCUCUGGACACGGAGAGCGAGAAGGUCUCCUGGAAUUACUAAAAUAUGGUAAUCUGAACUCUUCCAGUUGGUCCAAGCGGCCCUUGACGCCGCUUCCCAAGGCAGAACUUGUAUUGUCGUGGCUCAUCGACUCUCAACCGUUGUGAAUUCGAAUUGCAUCGUCGUCGUUCAUAAUGGAAAGGCUAUCGAGAAAGGUAUCUUUUCAGAAUUCAUAGGAUCUCUGAAUGCUCGAUCUUGCAUGUCACUUUCCAGGAACCCACGCCGAACUGAUGAGCCUCCGUGGCGCCUAUUGGAACUUGACACAGAAACAGACGCUUGCCUCGUCUUGA